AUGACAACUUACAAUGUCCUUGGAGAAAUAACCGCGUUUGAUGAAAAGGAGACCGUUAUUUCGCAUCAGUAUGCGAGAAUUAGGAAGAUAGAGAAUAUCGAAAAAUGCAAAAAUUUGAAGACCCUGCAGUUGAUUUCGAACUGCAUCGAAAAAAUCGAAAAUUUGGAAAAUAACUUAGAGUUGGAGAACUUGGAACUAUACGAAAAUUCUAUUAAAAAAAUAGAAAACAUUUUCAUGCUCACAAAUUUGAAAGUACUGGACCUCUCCUUCAACAAAAUUCGGAUUAUUGAGAACAUCGACACGCUGGUAAACCUGGAGGAGCUGUACCUGUCUAGCAACAAAAUAGCAAAGAUCGAAAACCUGCAAAAUUGCAAAAAACUGAGACUGCUAGAAUUGGGCUAUAACAGAAUCAGGAAAAUUGAAAAUUUAGAAAGCCUGAUAAAUUUGGAAGAGCUGUGGUUAGGAAAGAACAAAAUAGAAGAACUGAACCUCCCUAGCUUUCCAAAGUUAAAGAAGCUAAGCUUACAGCACAAUCGAUUAACCAACUGGUCCGUUGAGGUUAUUAAAAAUAUCCCACAAGUCACCGAACUAUAUCUCAGUUACAAUAAAUUAAGUACCAUUGUGGAAAACAUAAGGGAGUUAAAGCAUCUGAAAGUGUUCGACCUGUCUUACAACGAAAUUGAAAAUAUACUAAUCUGUUCAGAGUUGAAAUCUUUAGAAGAAUUAUGGUUAAACAACAACAAGAUUGAUAACAUAGAGAUGAUUAAAAAUCUGCGUGAAAAUGAGAAUUUAAAAACGCUUUAUUUGGAAAAGAACGGAAUUCAGGACAAGCUAAAGGGAGACUAUAGGACAGAGAUUAUUUCUAUCCUUCCACAGUUGAAGCAACUUGACGCCCUGCUCAUUUCCCCGAUAAAAGUGUCGUGCGGCCAGCGCACUGUAGGGAGAACGCAGUGA